AUGGUAGAACAUCGAACAGAGCAAGCAACUGGUGUUCCCCACACGGGCGAGCCAACUACUAAAAUUCGUUUUCAAAAUCCACAGACAGAAACUGCUUUUCAAGGAUUAGCUGGAAUUCGUGAGGGAGUUCCACCCUCAAAUGAGGCAGUGUUGGUGGGUAUUGAGCAAGCAAAGCAAAGUGUCUUGUCGAGCCAUAACCUCUUGGACAGAGAGGGAAGACUCAUUCAGAGAGACACUUUACUCUUGUUAGAUCUGAUCAAGAUGGUCAUUGAAGAAAGAAACUCAGACGAAAAGAUCCAAAACUUCUUGAUCUGCUUCAAAAAUUUGACACAAAAGUAUGCCCCAGAAUUUGGUGAAGAUAUUAGAUAUGGAGUGAAACGAGGUUAUGAAACUACUCAGGCAGGUACUAAUAAGGACAUUUACAACUCGAUCAUUGGUUUGAGAGAUUUCGUCUUUGAACUUAUUCGUUCCAGUGAUUUUAGACAAGCCAUGAUGGACUUCUUCCAAUACUUGCAAUUCCUUGUGGAUGAGAAUGCAGGGCAAGAAGGAUUCGUGGGUAAAAUUACUGAGGGUAUUAAGAGUUUGACACGUCCAUCCGAUGAGUCAACUCCAUCUUCUUCAAUUUCAUCCACAACGAAACACCCAACCGAUGCCACUGUUGUCACAGGUGUGGGUGGUUCUCCUCAACUCUCUCAUGAAAGACCAGAACACGUGCUGUUACCUUCUGAAGUCAAGUCAGAGAGUGAUCUACACAGGAAUCAAGGUGAAUUGAGCGAGCCAGGACAAUUCUCCAUGCAGCAAGGACAGCAACCAUACAUUGGUGGAAGUGGCAUUGGUCAGCAACAAGUGCCAUAUCAACAAACUGGAUUUGGACAGAAACCCUACUCCUCUGGUAUUAGUCAGCAGCAGCAACCAUUGAUGGGCGGUGUUAGUCAGCAGCAACCUUACUCAAGUGGCAUUAGUGAACAACCUUACCAAUCCUCUCAAAUGCAAGGUGGUGAACAUCUCAAAUCCACCUCACUCUAUGGAUCCUCUCAUCAAGGAUAUGGCCCUCUCGAGACGGGUGGCGGUGUUUCAGGAGGAAUUUCACAACAACACCCACAUGGACUUGUUUCUUCAUCCGAUCAAUACAGAGAACCCUCUCUUCAAUCGAAUAUUCAGGGAGGUCAAUUCCAACCUCAAUUGGGUGGUGUCGGUACUGGUAUUUCUCAACAACCAUCUGGAUUGGGAAUGCAACAAGGAUAUGGUCAGCAGCAGCAAGGACUUAGAGAAGACAUUCCUAUUCAACCACAAGCUCAGACAGCAUCCUUCCAGAGCCAACCACACAUGAUGGGCACUCCAUUAGGCGUUAGUGGUGGUCAAUAUCAACAACAAUGGACUCCACAAACGCAACAACAACCACUCGGUAUUCAACAGUCAGGAAUUUCAGGAGGUCUGGGUGGACAAUACGGUGGUAGUGAUCAGAUGUGGCAUCGCUACACACCUAGAUGGAAGCCAAGUAACUUCCAACCAAAACAAGACAUCUUCCAACAAAAGGAUCAACUCAUUCGGGAGGCUGAGCAAGUCUUCAAUCAAUUCGAUUUGAACAAGAAUGGAGUGUUGGGUAGAACUGAAUUCAAGUUAGCUCUCCUUAGAUUGGGUCUCGAUAAGUAUCAGGCCAAGAUGAUGGGCAGAAUUGUUGACGUCGACCAGAAUGGCUUGGUCUCUUUGAACGAGUUUAUCAAUGCUUACUUGUAUAUUAAGGCUGGUGGUAAUGUUUGGGACGUCCCAAGUAGAAAGAAGCAAGGCAUCUCCACAAGUGGCAUUUCUCAACAACCAUAUAUUGGAAGUGGCAUUAGUCAGCAAUCUGGAUUCGGUCAACAACAAUACCAACAACCAUGGACACAACAACAAGGAACCAAUAUUCCACCACCACCAAGUACCAUUAUUGGUGGUGUGAGUCAAAGUGGUGGUGUUGGUACUACUACUAAAGGUCAAACCACAGAAUCCAAAGAGGAGGUUGAGGACCGAUUGAUUAAUCGAUUUGUUAACCUUAACAAACGUUUCUCAAAGGAUCCAAAUUAUCAAAAGGCUCUCUUUGGUCUAUUCAACAUUUUCAAUCAAGCUAAGAGCUUGGUAGGUGAAGUGGAUACCACCAACAAAACUGUCGACAGAAUCUCACAAGAUGAGGACUUUAGAAAUCUUCUCUACUAUGCCAAGCUGAUCAUGUAUGAAUUCAGUGACCAACGUAUCUUCGAUAAGUGGCUCCAAGUGAACAAUGACUUUAUGAUUCACUUGAAGACUGAUGAGAGACUGAAGGGUGUCUUCAAAGAUUUGAUGAAUGACUUUAGAAGAUACAACAAACAACCAGAAUUGCUCGAAUCUAAGCAAGAGAAGGACAACUUGAGAAUGCGUCUAAAGAAUUGCAGAACGGUCUUGGAAGAGAAGAAGAACAUGGAUCUCACCAACGAAUUGAUUCGCUCAUCGAGAGAGCUCUUGGAGACCAUGAGAAAUGAUGAGUUGAAUGCUGAAUUAAGAGACAGAUCUCAGAAAUUGAUUUCUCGUUUGUUCCUUGAUGAAAAGGGCAGCUUCACUCUCAAGCCACAUGCACUCGAACAAAUUAGAACCAUUCUCUUUGUGGCCAUUCAAGAAGCAAUCAACAAUUGGAAUACCAUUGAAGUUGAAGGUGACGAUGGCACUCAAUACUUUAAGAUUUCUAACAUUGUUCUCAAGGCCAACGAUAUCCUUCCAGACGAUGUGAAAUUCAAGGUAAAGAACAGAACCUCCAUGAACUAUCUCGAACAAAGACCUGAGAAUAAGCUUGCAGAGAGCGCCACUCUAGUCAGUGCUCAUCUGUAUGGUAUGACUGCUCAUUUGAAGGAUGUGGCAUUUGUCUUUGAUCGUCGCUCAUUCCCAUCUCUCUCCGAUCGUGGUAUCAUGGAUAUUGAUUUCGAUCGUGGUGGAAUUGAUAUCAAGUUGAAGUUGAAGGCUCGUUUGAGUCAGAAUCGACCAUUCUACGUGAAGGACAUUAAGGUUGGUGUGGAUACCUUGCACAUCAAAUUUAGACAUGCUGAAAAGCACAAGCUUCUCCUCAAGAUGUUCUCUCCAAUCAUUCAAAGCAGAGUUCGUAGAAAGAUUCAUGAUAACUUGCAACAAUCUCUUAUUGUCAAUGUGAGAGAAAUUAUCGAAAGAUUGAACGACCUUAUUGAGGAUACCAUCAUCAAAGGAAAUCAAAUGGCAGGCGUCCAAGAAGGUGGAAUUGUAACCGGUAUUCUUGGUCGUAUGGGUGUUUCAACAACAACUACGGAAGGCCUCGUUGGAUCCAGCACCGAGAAAGGAUAUCCAUCCAGCACUGAAAGAGUUUCAACAGUUAGAGAAUAG